AUGUCAGAUUAUUAUUUUUAUAAACAAGAAGAGAAAGUAAAAUCAACUAGAAAACCGACCAAUUUUCUAUCAGAGUCUGAAGAUUCCAAUACUCACCCGUAAUUGAGGAAUGCUUAACGGUUUUUUCAGCCGUAAACCAAAGAUUACAUAAGAACUAAUCAAGCUACAACAACCAUAGAUCUAAUAUGUUUCUGCUGUAUUUAUAUGAGCUAUAUCAAGUAUGUCCCAGAACCUAUUCCAAUACCAGAAGCAAUUAGACAAAUUGAUAAGAAAAUAUAGGCAUAUCGGAGAGUAAUGGAAUUAUCAAAAAAACAAAAAGAAUUUUAGGAAUAAUAAAGAAUUAUAGAAGAAAGUUCAGUCUCAAAGCACUUCGUUGACUUUUUCACAAAUCCUAAUAUAUAAUUACAAUACUAAUCAGAUGAUGAUAAGGAAGAAAAAUAAAUAUCAGUAUAAAAAUGCUGCGAUGAGAUACAAACAAAUUAAUCACCUCAAAUUAAAAAGCAACCAAGGUAAUAGUAUUAUUCAGAAUCUGUGAAAAAUCGGGAUCGCAUAUAUGAUAAUAUGAUAGAACGGUAUUUUGCAAAAAGAUAAAACCCAGCUAUGUUUGCAAAAUUAAAAAAGAAACCUCCUGCUCUAAAUAUAACAUCAAAGAAUAAAAUUUAAUCAGGAAAUGGAAGGAUGGAUAUAGAAGAACAUAAAUUGAGAGUUUAUAAUCGAGAAAAUGUUCCUACUAUGCCUGAAUUAAUAAUUCCAACUUUUAUGAUUAAAAAAGACUCUAUUUCAAAAAAUAUUCUGGCAUAUCUAAAAGAUUACUCUCCUAUUUAUAGACAAUAGAAUAAUAAUGAUUAUCCUAGAUGUGUAUAAAACAUAUUAGAAGAUUAGGAAGAUGUCAUUAGGAAUGACAAAAAAUGA